AUGAGGACGUUGACUCUUCCGCCCAGUCAUUUCCUAAAAGCACCCUGGAAAGAGUUUUAUGUUAGGCGUCGACCGCAACGCUUCGAGGCAUACUCACACAAAGGACUAAUCCAGGGGCUUGCCAACAAUAUAUGUAAAGACAUUCCUCUUCAACAAGGACGUUGA